ACUUUCAUCAAAAAUUAUUUACGUGUUGAUAUAAUAGUUCAUAUAUUGAAAGGGUUAUAUCUGUUAUUAAAAAAUUAUUGAUUGACAGAUAAGUUCAAGUCAACAAGUUAUAUAAAAUUUAAGCAAAUGAAUUAUAUUUUGAAGGAAAUUGACUCAUAAGCUUAAGAGUAGCACAUAUUUUGAAUGAAAAGUAAACUUGAAAGUGAUUUUGAACUCAAAAAUAUUUUAUUUAGAUUUCAUGAAUACUAUUACAUAUUCAACAAAAUUUAAUUUCAAUCUCAAAAUAAAUUAGUAGAUAUUCAUGAAAGAACUCGUAUUAUAUAAGCGUAGUAGAACUGAUCUUCACCCUUCAGAAAAAAAUAAAAAGAAAAAAGAAAACGGGUCGGAGCCUAUUUUUUUCGGCCGAUCCAAUAUCGGGUUGGUUCUGUCCGGGUCGACUAUGCAAAAUUGAAAUGAAAAUCAGUUGGAAGUUCCGAAUAGUUCGUUAAUGGUUCCGGGAAGAGGAGAGAAAGUAAAAAAAAAAAAGAGAGACCCAAAAUGUAAUUCCAAAAUCGAAGUGGAGAGAGAAAAGAAAAGCCAUAAACCAAAAUCAAAACGGAAAUGAGUACAAGAGAGAGGGAACGAGAUCUAGAACUUUUGAUCCCAGUCGCUACAGUUUCUGAAAAUGGAGCUUCCAAAUCUUCCUCCGGCCCCGUUGCCGCUUUAUCCAAUCAUCACUCAGGCCGUGAGGCGUUUGCUAAAGUCAUUCGCAGCUGGGCGUCCAAGAAGUUCAUGACAGGAUGUGUAAUUCUUCUACCGAUUGCUAUUACAUUCUACAUCACUUGGGGCUUCAUUCGUUUUGUUGAUGGUUUCUUCUCUCCAAUAUAUAAUCACUUAGGGAUUAAUAUUUUUGAAUUUUCUGCAGGGCUUGGGUUUAUUACCUCCAUCACGUUCAUCUUUCUUGUUGGUAUUUUCAUGUCAUCUUGGUUGGGAGCUUCUGUUCUUACUAUUGGUGAAUGGUUUAUCAAGAAAAUGCCACUUGUUAGCUAUAUUUACACAGCCUCAAAGCAAAUUAGUACUGCGAUUUCACCAGAUCAAACUUCACAUGCCUUCAAGGAAGUAGCAAUUAUCAGACACCCCCGUGCUGGCGAGUAUGCUUUUGGAUUCAUCACUUCCUCUGUUAUUCUUCAGAGGAGAAUGGAAGAAGAAGAACUCUACUGUGUUUAUGUCCCUACUAAUCACCUCUAUCUUGGAGACAUAUUUCUUAUGAGUUCCAAGGACAUCCUGAGGCCUAAUCUCUCUGUCCGAGAAGGAAUUGAAAUUGUGAUCUCUGGAGGGAUGUCAGUGCCUCAAAUACUGACCACAGUGGAUGCAAGAGCAAUGCCAACAAGUGUGGAUGCAAGAGCAAUGCCAACAAGUGUGGAUCCAAGAGCAAUUCCAACAAGUACUGGAAUCGAAAAACUUAGCAAAACCAAGAGUAUGGUAUAAUGAAGAUCAGUGGGUGAAUAUAUUUCAUCCAACCAUGAAGGAAAUGGAGUGUUUUUACACAGUUUUGUCAAUUCAAAAUGGCAUCUUCAGUAAACUGUAAUGGGAACAACCUGCAAAUUGGAAGAAGCUCAAAUUCUUUAGAAACAAACAGGAAGAAAUAUUGCCAAACGUUAAUCUUUUUCCAGAUCCAUGAUUUGGUUCUUCUGAGCUUUCAGUUUUUGAGUAGGGGAGCAGCUUUCUCCCUUUAUUUUUGAGUUGUAUAUGUUAACCCAUGUUCAAUGACAUGGAAAUUUUGUUUUCUUCAAAACAUGUUUCUAGUUCUCCAAGAUUCUUUCUUGACUCUUAUUACAAAAACCAUUAAAUUUCUUAGGAAUUAUAUUAUUAUUAGACGA